ACGCUGCCCGACCGCCCAGACCCUCAGCGGGACUACAACCCCCACAAUGCACAGCAGCCGCGCACCAGGUUCUUCCGCUUGACGACGACCCGGAAGCUGUUGCCGGGAGCGCCGGGUGCUGAGGGUCCGUGUUCGCCCCGUCCACCCGCUUUUAUUACGAUCAACAUCAUCAAAUGGAUCAUUCAGGACAAACAAAGGACGCACCUUUUUAUUACGAUGCAAGACUUUGUUGCAAAGUUUACUAUCCCCCCAAAAAUGCUUAUUCUAGGCUGGUAAACCAGCAUCGUAGUGGGAGGUUUAGAGCAUAUCUCAACCGGUUUUCUCAGCUGGUCAAUUAUAUUGACAGAAAUGAUGAAAGUGGAAUUAUUCCUGGGGCUGAUUUGAAUUCUUCAUUAGUGGAGGCAGAGCAACAAAAGGACAUUAAUAGUGAUCUUCAAGAUCUGAAAGAAAAUACAAAACACAGUCGCCCUGCAUCUGCUGUGAACUUUGAUUGUGCUGCCCUAUCUCCAAACAUGUCUGUUAAUAUUUUGGAAAAUGUUCGGGAUGCUGGUGAGACAAUCCUGCUGGACUCCGGGAAGAAGCGGCAGCAUGGAUUGACAAUUCAAAAGCAAAGCAAGCAAAGAGAAAGCACCACCAAUCAUGAUGGAAAUACCCAAUUGGGAUGUGAAUUGAUGUUCAAAGAAACUAGGUCUAAAUCAUUCCAUCCAAAAGUACAUGCAGACAGCCACAAAGAUCUUGCAAAACCAAUGCCUGGUAUUGAUAAUAAUCAGUGUUUUCAGAUUGCAUUGCCAAGGCUUAAACCAUCUUUGGACAAUUGUGUUCAAAGUGCUGAUGCACAGAGGACGGAAAAUGAUGCACAAAUGAUAAAUGAGAUGGUAGUGCAGAAUAAUAAGAAGAAGAGAAAUCGAAGAAGGAGCAAAGGUAAACCUGAUGCAAGUUUGGGUGUAACUCAUUGUUCAGAUGGAGUCUGCAGUACGGGCGAAGUUACCACACUACAUGACUUGGAAUGUACUCAAUUGGAGAAGGCCAACAUCAACCAUGUGCAAAUGGGGAACUUAGCUUUACGUUCAAACUUUAAUGAUAAAUGGAGUCGGAGUAGGAGUAAUCGAGGGAGGAGGAAGAAGGUAUUUGAACCCUACUUGCCAACCAGUGAAGUUUCAGCUGGUUUGAAAAGAGGAGAACUUGUGCAGGGUGUGCUGAGAAUUAAUCCUAAAAAGUAUCAUGAAGCCUUUAUUCCCGCCACUGAUGGAACUCGAGAUAUUUUUAUCGAUGGUGUCAUUCCUCGAAAUAGAGCUUUGAAUGGUGAUGUUGUGGUGGUAAAGCUUCUGCCCAGGGAGCAGUGGAAAAUUAUUGUGCCAGAGGGAAAUGGGUCGGAAGCUAAUCCACUUGCUCAAUCAGAUGUACCUGGUGAAAUUAUUAACAUUAAUUCUGAGGCUGUUCGAGCUGAGGACAAAGUCCGCGUGGUUGUGGAGAGCCCUGAUGUAAUUAUUGAAGAGCAGUAUGACAGCCAGGAUGAAAACGGAGAUGGAGCAGGUGAUUUGAGGAAAGAUGCACGCGGUGGUGAUGUGAACAAGACAAACCAUCGUGCUUCAGGAAAGGCCACUGGUUCUCGUGGAUUACAACCUGCUGAUAGCAUCAUCCAAAUGCAAACUUCAAGAAAGGACAAGCUUUGCAGCAUGGCUGCAAAUGAUGCAAGAAAUCAUCCAGAUAGGUUUCUUCAAAAGACUGGCAAGGUGGUUUACAUUGUGGAGAAGAAACAUUCGAGAGCUGUGACAGGAUUCAUCAAGCCACUAACUGAUAAAAAUAGUGACCUCUACAAGGAGUUCACUAUCUUUUCACCAGUUGAUCACAGAGUACCUAGAAUCUUGGUACCAAUAGAAUAUUGUCCAGAAGAUUUCAUGGCUAGGCCUGGAGAUUAUGGAAGCACCCUGUUUAUUUGCCGCAUCGUAGACUGGAGAGAUGAUUGCAAUUUUGCAGAUGGGUAUUUGUCCAGAAGUCUGGGACAAGCUGGUGAAAUUGAACCUGAAACUGAAGGCAUUCUCAUCGAAUAUGAUGUGGAUUUCUCUGAUUUCUCUGCUGACGUUCUGGACUGUUUACCAAAAUCCUUCCCAUGGACCAUCCCAAAUGAAGAGUUCAGACAUCGUAAAGAUUUACGGAAGGAAUGCAUCUUCACCAUUGAUCCAGUAACUGCAAGAGAUUUGGAUGAUGCACUGUCUUGCCACGAGCUCCCUGAUGGAAACAUGGAAGUGGGAGUGCACAUUGCAGAUGUGAGCUACUUUGUCCGUGAAGGGACUGCUGUUGAUGAUAUCGCCAGCAAGAGGGCAACCAGUGUCUACAUGGUUCAGAAGGUUAUCCCAAUGCUUCCAAGACUUCUCUGUGAAGAACUCUGCAGCUUGAAUCCAAUGCAAGACAAGUUAGCCUUUUCAGUCAUUUGGAAGUUGACUCCUCAAGGAAAGAUCCUUAGCCAAUGGUAUGGGCGGACGAUUAUUCGUUCUUGUGCAAAACUGAGUUAUAAUCAUGCACAAAGCAUGAUUGAGGAUCCGGAAAGAACUUUUACUGCUGACGAGCUUCCGCUCAUUUCACCUGAGCAUGGUGUUGCCAAAGUAAAGGCUGCUGUCACAAAUCUUCAUAAUAUCGCCAAAAAUCUUCGUAAGCAGAGGUUUGAUGGUGGUGCUUUACGCUUAGACCAGUUGAAGAUUGCUUUCACGUUGGAUAAAGAGACAGGAAUGCCUCAAGGAUGCUAUGUCUAUCAGUAUAAGGACAGCAACAGAUUGGUUGAAGAGUUCAUGUUACUGGCAAACAUGGCUGUAGCCCACAGCAUCAACAAGUCAUUCCCAGAGCAAGCUUUACUUCGCCGCCACCCACCACCUCAAACCAAGAUGCUGGAUGAUCUCAUCAAGCUGUGUGAGCAGCUGGGAUUGCAACUCGACUUCACUUCUGCAGGCACGUUGCACACGAGCUUAAAUCAAACACUGGGAAUAGAUCAAUAUUCUGCCGCCAGGAAGGAAGUCCUCACCCACAUGUGUGCUCGACCGAUGCAGAUGGCACAGUACUUCUGCACUGGAGUCCUCCUUGAUGAGGCAUUGUUCCGCCAUUAUGCACUCAAUGUGCCCUUCUACACGCACUUCACUUCCCCCAUCCGUCGUUAUGCUGAUGUCAUUGUCCACCGGCUACUUGCUGCAUCUAUCGGUUCUGCUCAACAGGUGGGCCUUAAUAAAAGUGAGAUCCAGAAACAAGCAGACCAUUGCAACGAGAAAAAAAGUGCCUCAAAAAAGGUGCAGGAGCUCAGCGCAGACAUAUAUUUCUCUGUUUUUGUGAAGGAAUGUGGUCCUCUGGAAUCUGAAGCGAUGGUGAUGGCCGUUUUAGACCAGGCCUUUGAUGUACUGGUUCUGCGAUAUGGUAUCCAAAAAAGGAUCUACUGUAAUGGUCUUCCUCUCCAAGGGUUUACGUUUCACAGAGCAGGAAAGAACCCUGAACUAAGAUUGAUGUGGGAACCAGAGACACAGGAUCAGAAACCAGCUUGCCAGGUAAUAAGCAUUUUUGCAUUGGUGGAAGUUAUCUUAAAACCAGACAACACAGCCCUCAAGUUCAGCGCCGUUCUCAAGAGACCAGACUCCUGAGGAAUGAAAUCGCCACUGAAAAUUCCUGCUGAAACCAAAUAGUUUGUUAACUUACAAGUUAUUUUACAAAUGCACAUUGUGUAAAAAUUAAACAUUUUAAUGGUAAUUUUAAGUUUUGAUUUAGUACCGUUGCAGCAAAUUUUACCAGGAUUAUAAAAAGUACUGUGUGUAGAAUAUAACCAUGAGUGGGCAGUCUGUUGCAUGAACUUUUAGCAUUAUUUGUGUCAUGAUUUUGUGCAAUGUUGUUACAGAUGUAGGUCAGCAAAUAACAGCUAUUUGACAAUUUGUGUGUGGCAAAGAUGAAUUGAUAUUGCAGUGUACAAUGUUUUAUGUUAAAUAUAUAUCCAGACCAGCCUUAUACACAGAGAAGUCUGUCGUAUUGUACUUCAGUGCAACUAAUAAAACAAAGGCUGAUGAUGCGGUA